AUGUCAUCCUGGAAUUUCACCGGUGUUGGUUUCGACAACAUGCUUGAAGAACCAUCUUGGGCCUUUUCUCACUUACCUCUUAACAACAGCUCAGAGUUUAUUCUCGAAGCUCCAAGAGAGGGAGAGGAAGAAUUCGAAACAAUCCCACUAGACCAUAUGUAUGAUGGAGAUGAAGAAGAUUCUAACGAGGAUGAUUUGGAUGAUUUACUUAUCCAACUCGAACAGCAGGAAAGAUUAACACAAGAACUUUACAGUCGAGCAAAAGAUAGCGAACAACCAAACUCCCUAAGCAACAGCUCAGACUACUCACGAGAAUCUUCCUUCAACUUCCAAGGUCCUCCUCCAAGAAUUAAUAUCUCUUCAAACAUUCGCCAAACUACAUUCGUUGUCGGCAACAAUCAAGAUAUCGAACAGAAAGGUAAAGAGAACGCCCCCAGGAUAUCCGAGGUGCCCCGUGGAAAAAAGCGAGUCCAAGUCCCCUUACUUAAACUCGAUUUACCAUCUCCAAUUGAUUUUGGCAAAGUAUUUUCUCCAAAAACUUCUGAAACCACGGACAACGACUUUGUUCCCAAUAUGUUGGAAGGUUUUGAGACUAUGAACUUUGGCGAAUUGAUACAAGACUACGAAUCUGGCGAAAUUUUGCACCCAACCGAAGCCCAAAGAUUCCGCUGCGACAUCGAAGACCCGGAAAAAUUCAGCAUGGAACCUCAUUGGUUCCACGACACUAAAUACACGAGGUGUUGGUGCAUUCAUUGUAUUCAAUAUCGAAAAACACAAUCCACAGGUGAGCAGAUGGAAGCGCAUGAUUACAAUUACCAUUGCAUCUGUUCUUCUUGCUCAAAGCUUUAUCACGAAACCCUGCCUAAAGGUCACUACUGUAAUUGUCGCACUUGUGCUAAUGUUAGUGAAGACCUAGGUCUUACAGAUCAGAAUGAAGCAUUUGCUGAACUCCAAAAACAGAUCCAGCUCCAAUCACCCGAACGACAAAUUCAAGAUUCAGAACAACUUGUUACUGAGACGCCACAGAAGUUACCGUCAGACCUUCUUUGUGAGGAGUCUGCAACAAUUGCAAGUGAAUCCAUUGGCGGCCCCUCAGAAUUACUUGGCAUGAUUCGUGAGCACUUAUGGUUGGAUUCUGAUUGUAGUACAAUUGGUGAUUUCGAUGAGGAGUAG